GGUUCUGGCCUGGACUUUAAAAAGGCAGCAGCUUGGGAACAGAGCAGCACACACACUUGAAGCCGCACUCUCUCUCCGCCAACAUGGCCAGCAACAUGUCUUCUUCCUCCGUGCUCGAGUACAGCCUGCACUACCAGCAAUGGUUCUCCGACUCAGACGUCUCCGGAGUCUCCUCGCCGGAGACCCUCUCCCCGGACUCGUCGCCGUCGCCUCUUCUUCCGAAAGCCGCCAAGUCGGGAUAUACUUCCCGACUUGGCGUGGCCUUGCAGGGAAAGCCCAGGAGGGCGGUGAGGGUCCGUAGUAAGCAGCGUGAGAGCGCCAGUGAGAAAGAAAAGCUGAGGAUGAGGGACCUGACCAAGGCUCUGCACCACCUGAGGUCCUACCUGCCACCCUCGGUGGCCCCCUCGGGCCAGACCCUCACCAAGAUUGAGACCCUACGCCUCGCCAUCCGCUACAUCUCCUUCCUGUCGGCACAACUCGGCGAUACCUCCUCCUCCUCCUCUUCUUCCUCUUCAUCCUCCUCACCGUAUUACUACGCCAGCCCUCCGCAGGCCCCUCACGACAUGUACACACAGCAGUGUCAAGGCCAGGCUGCAGCGUUGCAUUCUGGGAACUGUAGUUUUCCUCACAUGUUGCCACCAGGAGGCUCCUCGUCCUCCUCCUCUCAGGUUGAGUACAACAACGAGUACUACUGGGUUUGACAACAUGGCUGCCACCGCCGUCAUCCAACAACGACUACUACUGCCUCACUCUGAAUGGACUAAUUUAUUUGAUUUUUUAAAAUAUUUUAUAUGUCUUUUGUAUUUAUGUGUAAAUAUGAUUAUGUGAAGCAUGCUAUUUUUGUAUGUUUUUUUAGGACACCACUAUUUAUAAUAAAUUUGUCAAAAUGA